GCUCGCUUGUGUAUGUACUGGAGUCUCUCUCCAUGCAGAACCAGCAAAGGAAAAACUUUCUUUUUCAUCAUAGAAAGGAGACCCUGUAGACUCCAGUCUCCCUCAGACUCCACCAAGGAGAGGCAAUAUUCGCAGUAUCUCUCAUUAGUUCUGCACUAUACACGGCCUGGUCCCUGCUAGGACAAGUAUUUUCAAACUACAUUGUGUCCUCCACUCCACUUUGCUUGAGUUGGGUACACCUCUAAGUAUUGAAGAUACUCUCCACACGCAGUGAUUUUUAAAUGGAAGACAGUAAAAGUCAAGAAGAGGUGACAAUCAUCGAUAAAGAUGAGAGCUCUGAGAAGGUACUCAGUGUAGUUGGUGGCUUUGUCAUUGAGGAGAGCGUUAACCCCUUUCCCAAGAGUAAACUGUCCUUUAUACCUGAUGAAUACGGGAAGAAGGAUUCAUCAACUCAUCACUCUCGACUUAGAAAGCGUGAGAAAUACCCAACUGUGAGGCCUGAAGACCCAUCCCUACCUCCUGGUCACGCCAGGUGCGAGUUUUGUGGAACUGUCGGCAUAAUUGAGGACUUUCUUGCACCAAGCAGGAGGUUUUGCACUGUGACAUGUUGUAAAAGGUACAGUGCUGAGAAGAGAUACUAUCCUUAUGGGCGGGAUGAAGAGGGCGUGGCUAUGUCUAUUAAACAAGGUCUUGUUAAUAGACACCGAACCCUAAGACCAAACUCAUCCAAACCAAGAAAAUCCAGUCAGCAGCAGCACCAGUCUUCCAGUGCUAGGGAUGAAAGAAGGAGACGAUUGGCGUACUAUUCUACUGCCGCUAAUGCCACGCCUCCUGAGGCCACACCCAAUAAUAGGAAGAGACCUGCAAGAAAGACCCCAUCAUCUAACAAUACACCAACCACACAAGUAGCCACUGGCGAACAAAGACCAAACUCCUCCUUCUUUGAACCUUAUUCCCAUCCUCUUGGUUCUACAAUUCGUCAGUGGUCAGUGGACGACGUCUCAGAGUUUUUAACGUUCCUCGGGUACGAAGCUUACAUCGAUAAGUUUCAGGAACAUGAGAUUGACGGGCGGGCCCUCUCUCUCGUCAAAGAUCACCACCUGCUAAUGACUCUCAAACUUCGUCUUGGCCCAACUCUUAAAAUAGUCGAACACGUCAACUUGUUAAAGAUGAUCGAAGAAAUUGAAGAUUGAUGAAUCAACAAAAACUGUCACUCACACAUGCAUGUAGUUAGAUGUGGGUGUGGCUUGACCACACCUACUUUGGGGUUAGCCCUAUGUUUUGCAGUAUCAAUCAUCAGUUUGUUUGUUCUUAAAUCUCUUUUCCUCUUUGACCUCUCUCCCCCCCCUCCCUCUUUCUAACACUGAACGUACUAAGUCUUACAGAAAUCAAUUAUAAUAUUAAUUAAAAUUAUAAUAAUAAUUAUAACAAUUACUUAUUGGGAAAAAAUCUUAAACUUAUUUUUAA